UUGUAGGUUCCAAUUGGCGGUCAACCUUCAAUACUUCGUGCUUCCCGGGGUAUGCACCUAUUUGGGUAUAUGCGGAGUUCAACAGCUGAGCCUGGCUCGUACCUAAUCGAUGGUGUAAUAUCCAGUUGGACCGAUCAGAUGUGAUGCAGCUGCUUGUGCACACUUCAUUUUGUGUUUCAUACAAUUCGCUGGAAUGGGUAUUAAAAAGGCAACUAAUCACAUACAGAUAUUCUUGUAUUCAUUUAUUGUGAACAAUCCUUUUCAAGACGAGUCUCCCACAAUGCACACUGAAUCUUACCGCUUAGCUGAGGUCCUGGCAGUGGCCAACAUUCACCCUUUUUAUAAUCCGGGCGUCCAGUAUCCUCCUGGACAUGAUGCAAUUCAAUAUGCUCGACGGUCUGCCUCAAAGCCUGCAACCGAAGUCGAUCUUCGUACUCGACCUAUGGUCACUAAAAAGGAUCUGUACAUUUACCAUUCGCCAGUUGUCUAUCUUCCACUGACAUGUUACCUUUAGUUACAAGGUCAUUGAGCAUCUGACCCAUGAUACAAGCCCAGACAAUGUUUACCGACUCCGUUCCUACAUCAGUAUCACUGGCGGCGGUUCCGGUGGGUUACCGUUGAUGUUCGCCACGGAUGUAAAGGAAAAUCGCAGACACAGAGCAGUUUUCGGCGAGUUCAUGGCGGCAUGUGGACUUGUUGGUCCGGGCGAUUGGGUCCUUACGACCCAUGCAUCAGGUUACUUGUACCGGCUAACCAACAGGGCCUAGAUCUCUCGACCUCAUGAGUGAGCU